GCGUGGCGACUUCACAAGCACACAUCACGCACCAGUGCGGCCAGACGUCAUGGUUAUACUGAGCAGGAGGGACCCCGGUUCGCCGCCGGCUAUGAGCAACUCGCACUGCAGACUGGCGCCCUCUGGAGUUCCCCCCAGACACCACAUCGCGGACUGGGACAUCAACGACUCCAGCAUUCCAAGGGUGAGCGAGUACAACCGUUGGGAAGAGUGGACGGACGGCCACUGCCGGCUGGUGUACCCAGCGUCGAGCGAGGAGGCAAAGCGUCACGCUUCUGGCUGGGCGAUGCGCAACACAAACAACCAUAACGUGCACAUACUCAAGAAGUCGUGUCUGGGAGUGCUGGUGUGCUCCAUGCGCUGCUCCCUGCCCAACGGCGAGAAAGUUCACCUGCGGCCAGCCAUAUGCGACAAGGCACGCAAGAAGCAACAAGGCAAGCCAUGCCCCAACCGCCAAUGCUCUGGGCGUCUCGAGAUACUGGCCUGUCGCGGCCACUGUGGAUACCCGGUCACGCAUUUCUGGAGACACACAGACCACGCCAUCUUCUUCCAGGCAAAGGGCGUACAUGACCACCCUCGACCUGAAGCCAAGUCCACGUCAGAAGCGCGGCGCAGUCUAGGGGCGGGACGUCGGGUAAGGGGCCUAGCGGUGCUGCUGGCAAGAGAGGCAGCUCUUGGCUCCAAGUUGCUGUCACUACGAGAAGGAAAGCAGCCUAGUGAACUUGAUGCAGAUACAAACCCAAGGUCUUUACUCUGUCCUUUGGACCCACCUCCACCUCUAAUUUCAGAUGUUGAGAAAGGUUUUUCAUGCUCCUGUCCGCCAUUUGAGUGCAUCUGCAACAGGUCACCAACAAGUCAAUCCCAGUUGCAUCAUGGCACACAGUACCAACACCCUCAUCUGGACCCCUCAUACUGGCUGCAGGAACACCUACAGAUCAACGCAUUCCCAUACCAUCAGGAUGACUCUUCCACGGCCACCAACAGUUACUUCGAGGAUACAAAUACAGGCACAAAUGUGUGCCCUCAGCAAUAUGAUUUUCUGCCACUAGGAGGUGAGCUCUUCCAGCCUGAGGAAAUUUUCCAGUUGGACCAGCCCCUAAAAUCGCAGGGUUAUGCUCCUAUACUGCAACAGGAUCACAACCAGAACUCAGAUAUUGCCAGAUCCCCUCCGAUGCUGCUUGACCUAGGGAGCGGAACUAUCCAUCGAAGUCCAGUCAAACCAGAGCCAGAGUCAGCAUACUGGAUGCUGCCUCCCUCCACAAUCACCACUGACGAGAGCAACAGUAAUUCCAGCAGGUUUCCCACCUGUUCCCCGGACACAACAAGCACGACCAUAGUCACAAACCCCAUGGAAGACAUGAGCAGGAGCAUCGGUUUUAUGUCACAAUGUGAUCCUCUGCCACCGCUCCAGUGUGGGACACCACAGGAUGACGCCAUGAAGAUCCAGUGCGCCAUUGCAUCCAAGCAGACAGCGGGUCUGAUGGAAUAUGGAAUGGAGAGUGACAGGGUCAAGCUACAAGCACCUACUAAUGAUGAACAAUCCAGGCUAUUGUACUACGCAGCAGUGAACGAGUCCAGAACAGACAUGCAUGAAGUCGAGUCAAACACAGUCAAUAGUUACCAGUACGAUGAUUCUUACAAGUUGCAGAAUGCACAGAGCCUAAGUGAAACAGUUGGCUGUGAUUCUAAGAGUGAGACAAACUACAGGUUUAACUGUAUAGGAAAUGAAACCGUUCUUGACACGAGACUCCACAUCAAAGACUCAAACUUCAACGCUCAGUGUCAUAACGAAACAGGAACUCCAAUGUCUGACAUUCAUUAUGAAUACCCUAUAGUAGGGAUGUACUGUGGGGAUGCCCCAAUGGGUAUAAACUCCGCCGAGACAGCCAUCAGAAUGCAGGACCCUCUGGGGGAGUUCAGACUACAAUGUGGUGAGGGGGGAUACCACUCAGCCACACAGUUUGCCCAUUUUCAGCACUAAGCACUCACUCUGUAUGGUGUUUUGAGAUGUAUUUUAUGUUCCUACCAGCAUUGUUUGAGUUGACUAAUUGCCAAUUAAACAUUGCCCACUGUUCAAAAUUUCUUCUGUAUUUACUCUAGCAGUGCAGAGAAAUCAAAAUUGUUUCAAAUCUGUGGAGAAGAGACCAAACACAAUAUUAAAUUCUGACAUGGACUAAAUGUAACCCUUUGAUUCAUGGUCACUAUUUACACGGACAAUUUUUUCACACUUUUUAGUUUUAACAAUCAAAAGAGGUUUGGUACACAGC